UCCUCUUUGUUGUGAAUAUUAUCUGUUUUUAUUGCAUGUAAAGCAGGUUUUAGAGUCAGUUCUCUGCUCUGCGGAGGUUUAGCAGCUAAAACCAGAAACUUUAACUCUUCUACGUUAUAUUCGCUGUUUAUUUUCACAGCAGUUUUCCGACCAGAACAAACAGAGCAAACGUCUAACGUAGCUGGAGGGCUGAGAGGUCAGGAUGGGCUCUGCGGUGGAAAGGACGGACAAACAUGUGCGGGAGUAUCUGAUCUACAGAGGCUUCACCGGCACACUGAAACAGCUGGACAGUGACAUCAAAGCUGACAAGGAGAAAGGCUUCCGGGUGGAUAAAAUCAUUGAUCAGCUGCAGCAGCUCGUGCAGAGCUUCGACCUGUUCGGUCUGAAGGAGUACUGGUUCCACCUGGACCGGCGCCUGUUCUGCAGGCUGGAGGACGUGUAUAGGUCCACUGUGAACAAACUAAGAACCAGCAUAUACCGGUACUACAUCAUAAACACCAUCCAGAAAGGAAACCUGGAGAAGACCCAAGAGUUCUUCCAGAAGCAGGCGUUGGAGCUGCAGGGUCAGGCCGAAUGGCGCGACUGGUUCAUCUUGCCUUUUAUCCCUGCUCCCGAGCAAAACCCGGCAUUCAGUCCGUACUUCUCCCGACAGUGGGCCGACACCUUCCUGGUUUCCCUGCACAAUUUCCUCUCUGUCCUCUUCCAGUGUAUGCCUCAGCCUGUCCUGCUGAGCUUUGAUGCUGAAGUCCAGAAGAUGACAAGUCUGACUGAAGAGAAUGAACAGCUCCGCCAGAAGCUUUUUGCUCUACAUACUGAAAGCCGAGACCAAAAGGAAGGAGAUGAGAUGGUCCAGCAUAAGCUGCCACUGUAUGUCCAGAACAUGGACCGCCUGGGAGACACUGAGCUGGACUUGGUGUCGAGUCAGCGGGCCAUCAGCGCCACCGUCAUUCCUUCCAGGAACUUCUUCUCCACAUUCCUGCCUCAGGGCAAACGUACUCCGGUAAAAGCACCUCCAAUCACUGUGGGAUCCUCUCCAAGUCAGGCAGCAGUGGGCAGAAAGGAGUCAUCAGUCAAUCAGAUGGCAAAGCCUAAAGAGGCAUCCCAGUCUAAGGAGGUAAAAGCAGCUUCCAACCAGUCAUCAUCUGGUGAAUCUGCAAGUUCCCAGUCUCAGCAGACAGCAAACCAGACGAUAAACCAGCAUAGCAGACACAAGAGAAUCCAGGAGCAUGAGAAGGAGAGGAAGGAGCUUUUCUCCAGACCUUCCUCACAGACACCAGAGAGUAAAGGAGAGGAUGUAGAUCUGACACCUGCUAUGAACAUCUCAGGGGAACCUCCUGAGUCCUCCAGCAGAGAGGAAGGAGGUCUGCCAGUGGAGCAGCCUUUCAUCAAACUCAGUCAGGAGGAGUAUGGCGAACAUCACUCCUCCAUCAUGCACUGCAGGGUUGACAGUUCUGGUCGCCGGGUGGCCAGUCUGGACGUGGAUGGAGUCAUAAAGGUGUGGUCCUUCAACCCCAUUAUGCAGACCAAAGCCACCAUCAUGUCCAAGUCUCCUUUACUAUCUCUGGAGUGGGCUACCAAACCGGACAGACUGCUGUUAUUAGGCAGCGGUGUUGGCACGGUGCGACUCUACGAUACAGACGCCAAGAAGAAUCUCUAUGAGAUGAACAUCGAUGAAACACAUCCACGAAUUUUAUCUUUAGCUUGUAGUCCAAGUGGAUCAUCGUUCGUCUGCUCAGCUGCAGCUCUCAGCUGGUCUGGAGGUGAUGCUUCGGUUCCUCGGCUUCCCAUACCAGUGUCCGGUCAACUGCUGCUUUGGGACACCAAGACCGUCAAACAGCAGCUCCAGUUCUCUCUGGAACCAGAACCAGUAGCCAUAAACUGCACAGCCUUCAACCACAAUGGAAACCUGCUGGUAACUGGAGCUGCUGAUGGGGUCAUCAGACUCUUUGAUAUGCAGCGGUAUGAGAGCGCGAUGAGCUGGAGAGCCCAUGAUGGAGAGGUUUACAGUGUGGAGUUCAGCUACGAUGAGAACACAGUUUUCAGUGUCGGAGAGGACGGGAAGUUCAUCCAGUGGAACAUCCAUCGGUGUGGGGUGAAGCAGUCGGAGCAGGUUUUACCUCAGGAUGCCACGGGUCCAUUUGUCCUGUCAGGAUACAGUGGCUACAAACAGGUUCAGGUUCCCAGGGGACGACUGUUUGCAUUUGACUCUGAAGGUCAACACGUCCUGACCUGCUCCAGUGGCGGAGGACUCAUAUACAGACUGACCAAUGAUGAGCCAGCCCUGGAAAGAGUGUUGUCGCUGGGUGGGCACAAGGCCCCGGUGGUGACGGUUGAUUGGUGCUCUGCGGUUGACUGCGGGACCUGCCUCACAGCUUCCAUGGACGGGAAGAUCAAACUGAGCACACUCUUGGCGCAGAAGUCUUGACCUGUUAGCUAAUGGAGACAACUGGAGGUGUUAAGGGUCAAAGAUGGACACAAACCAGUUCACCGUGCAGUUACUAAUGUGGUCUUACGUCUAUUUCUGCUUUAUGUUUCAAUCAAUAUUAAAAUCUGACUUAAAGUUUCA